AUGAGUGAAACGUCAGAUUCAAAGCAGCCAGCUAUCUUUGCCAUCACCAUCAUCUUUGCUUCUGUCAGUACUGUUCUUGUAGGCCUGCGAUUAUAUCACCGGGUUCUGAUCAAACAGUUUUAUUGGGAUGAUGGCCUCAUAUGCAUGGCAUGGGCAUUAGCCGUUGCGCAAGCGGGUGUGUUUCUCAAGUUCGUCGUUCUGACGAACCAGGGACAUUACAUCUGGAAUAUCUCUACACCCACCGUGGACCAACGCGUCGAGGCGGACAAGUGGAACAUGGCCCAGCAGCUGUUAUACAACCCAAUCUUAUGUCUCGUGAAAGCAUCAGCACUGGUCUUUCUGAUAAGACUAGGCGACCAAAGGACCUUAAUCUAUUGGAGUUUGCAUGGUCUCUGGUGGUUCAACAUUGGGCAUAUGGUAUCCGUCUUCUUCGCCGCUUUGACGCAAUGUCUGCCUAUCCACAUGUAUUGGGACCACUACUACACGGACAAGAAUAUCAACGGCAAGGUGGUCAACCCAAACUAUGAGUGCUACGAUAUGGCCACCUUUUCCCUCGUCACCGCCGGCCUCGCGAUCCUAACGGACAUACUCAUACUCCUUGUACCCGUAGUCAUGAUGUGGAACUUGCGCAUGGCCAUCCGCCAGAAAUUCGCUGUCGGCGCUGUACUUUCUGUCGGCUGGAUCGUAGCUAUCCUCGGCAUCGUCCGGUUCAAAGUUUUUUAUGACUUUUGGUACCCAUCUGGUACCUCUACAGACCCCGCGUACAACGUCUCCAUAACUCUCUCCGGUAUCGAGGUCAACGUCGCGAUUAUGGCCGCCUGCGGACCCGCGCUCAAAGCCUUGGUAACACGAUGCGCACCUCAUCUCUUCGGCUCCAAGAGCAGCACUCGCCCUACGACGAACGUUUACUACUCGCGCGAAUACGAAAUGAACUCGGGUGCUUGCACAACAAAGAAUAGUCGCUUCAUUACGACGGCGCUUCGACAACACGACGAUGACGGCGACAGUCAAGAGCAUAUCGUGCGCGACAGCUGUUCGCAUACGGACAACAAAAGUAUAGAAGCGCCUUUGACAGAAGAACCGGUAGUGCCAUCAAACAGCCAUAUAUUGCGCGAUAACGAGGGCUGA